UUGCCACUCCUACCAGACUCGCCCGGCACAGCCGGACCUGAGCGUGGAGCCGGGAGGGAGCCGCAACUGGCCACGCCAAGGUGCCACUCACCUCUCCUCUGAGGAGGUACCUACGGCUGCCUUGGCAUCAGGAUGCUACACAAUGAAACGCCAUAGAACUCUCAGCAGCAGUGACAGUUCAGAUGAGAGUCCUUCCACUUCUCUUACUUGUGGCUCAAUGUAUAGGAACAAGUCAAAAAUUCCAAAUGAACACAAGAAAUCUGCUGAGGUAUUCCGGAAGGACCUCAUCAGUGCCAUGAAACUUUCAGAUUCUCACCACAUUAAUCCUGACAGCUAUUACCUCUUUACGGAUACAUGGAAAGAAGAAUGGGAAAAGGGAGUCCAGGUACCAGCCAGUCCAGACACUCUUCCACAGCCUUCCCUCAGGAUUGUAGCCGAGAAGGUAAAGGAAGUUCUAUUUACCCGGCCCCGGAAGUAUAUCCAGUGCUCUGUCCCAGAGACCACAGAGCCUGGCUAUGUCAACAUCAAGGAGCAGGCGGCAUCUGUGUGCCGCUAUGACCUAGACGACAUGGACAUCUUCUGGCUCCAGGCACUCAAUGAAGAUCUUGCAGAAAUGGGUUGUGAGCCAGUUGAUGAGAAUCUUAUGGAAAAGACAGUAGAAGUCCUGGAACGCCAAUGCCAUGAAAAUAUGAACCAUGCUAUUGAGACAGAGGAGGGGCUAGGCAUAGAGUAUGAUGAAGAUGUGAUCUGUGAUGUGUGCCGGUCUCCAGACAGUGAAGAAGGGAAUGAUAUGGUAUUCUGUGAUAAGUGUAACAUCUGUGUGCAUCAGGCCUGCUAUGGCAUCCUCAAGGUCCCAGAAGGCAGCUGGCUGUGUCGCUCCUGUGUCCUGGGCAUUUAUCCACAAUGUGUGUUAUGUCCAAAGAAAGGUGGAGCCAUGAAGUCCACCAAGACAGGGACUAAAUGGGCUCAUGUAAGCUGUGCCCUGUGGAUUCCAGAGGUCAGCAUUGGUUGUCCUGAGAGGAUGGAACCAAUCACAAAGAUCUCCCACAUCCCGCCCAGUCGGUGGGCCUUAGUCUGCUACCUGUGCAAAGUGAAGACAGGGGCUUGCAUUCAGUGCUCGGUGAAAAGCUGCACCACUGCCUUCCAUGUCACCUGUGCCUUUGAGCACAGCCUAGAGAUGAAGACCAUCCUUGAUGAGGGGGAUGAAGUAAAGUUUAAGUCAUUCUGCCUCAAGCACUGCCAAAGCAGACAGAAACUCGGGGAGGCCGAAUACCCCCUACACAGGUCUGCAGAGCAAAGCCAGGCCAAAAGCGAGAAGACUAGCCUGCGGGCACAGAAGCUUCGGGAACUGGAAGAGGAGUUCUAUACCCUGGUCAGUGUGGAGGAUGUGGCCAUAGAGCUCAGGCUGCCCAAACUAACUGUGGACUUUAUCUAUAACUACUGGAAACUGAAACGGAAAAGUAACUUCAAUAAGCCAUUAUUUCCUCCAAAGGAGGAUGAAGAAAAAGGCCUAGUGCAGCCAAAAGUAGAAAGUAUUCACACUCGCAUGAGAAUGUUUAUGCAUCUACGGCAAGACCUAGAGCGGGUCCGAAAUCUGUGCUACAUGAUAAGCAGGCGAGAGAAGCUGAAGCUGUCCCAGAACAAACUACAGGAACAGAUCUUUGCUUUGCAAGUCAAGCUUCUUAACCAGGAAAUGGCUGAAGAACCUCCUUUGUCAAGUGGACCAGAUAACUCAUCUCAACCACCACCAAGAAUUACCUUAAAGUUAAAAAUGCCCAGAUUAGCCUUGGAAGACUGCCGAAACAGCUCCACAGAGUCUGACCAUGGACCCUUUUCUCCUGACAACAACUCCCCUGUUCCCAAUACAGGAAGCAUGCAAGUGCCUCAGGAAUCAUUAGAAAUGAGAAUGAAAUCAUAUCCAAGGCAUCCAUUAGAGAGCAAGAAUAACCGUUUGCUGGCCGGUCUGAGCCUUUCUAGGAGUGAACCAAAGGAUCCCAGUCCUGCUCGGUCAACACCAUCUCCAGAGUUUUAUCAAGGGCAGUCACUGGGAAAACCUCCAGUCCUUCAGGCUGCAGUUCAUGGACAGUCCUUAAUUGGGAAUGGGAAAAGUCAGCCUAACUCCAGGUUUGCCAAAUCCAAUGGCCUGGAGGGCAGCUGGUCUGGGGAUAUCAACCCAAUAGACAGCUCAAGUGAGAUAUGUGGCCAGGAGUCCAUGCUCAGUUCCCACUUGGCCAGCCAGGGCAGCUUCAGAAAACCUACUGUGGUACACUUCAGCAGGUCCUUUAAGGAGUCCACCAAUAGGUGGGGCAGGACCACAGAGGGCCUACAGUGCUGUGGGAAGCAAACCAAGAAUGUUAACCCCAGGGAGCAGCUCUGGGGCAAGCAGCUUGUCAGACGUUCUGCAGGGAAAGCUCCAUAUCAGGAAAACGAUGGGUAUUGCCCAGAUUUGGAGCUGAGUGAUUCAGAAGCAGAAAGCGAGGGGAGUAAAGAGAAAGUCAGGGUAAGGAGAGAGUGCUCAGAUAGGGAAAAUCCUCCUCAUGACUCUAGACGGGAUUGCCAUGGUAAAAGCAAGACAUAUUCCCUCUCCCACAGUUCAAUGCAAAGGUGAUUAACAACUUCCAAGAAUAACUCAGUAUUUCCCUUUGCCUCAUAUAUUGUGGAAAACGCCAUACACCAAAAGGAUCCUGGCAUAUGUUGGGGAGGAAUUUUGGUGAAAAGAAUAAAAUGUUUCCACAGUAAAUUGGCUUGCAGUUUCUGAACUAGUUUCAAGUCUAGUUUUCACAAGCACAUUACAAGAAUUGUAGAUUGUCCAAAAGUUUUGUUUUUGUUUUUGUUGCCAGAGACUAUUGAGAACAGCUGGGCCCAGAGUGUUUGUUCAGUAAAUACUUUCAGGGCAGCUUUCCAGUUAACACAAUGAUGUGCAUAUAUAUUAAUAAUCUUUGCAUUAUUAUGGAUUUGCAAGA